AUGCGCUCGUCAACAAAUUGUUAUCUGAGAGCUUUGGCUGUCUGGGACAGCGUCGUUCUCAUAGUCACACUAUUUCUUAUUGGAAUUCCUUCGGUAUCAGAAUCGUAUGAUGCAAACAUAAAACCUUUUGUUGUCGUCUACAUUUAUCCAGCAGCACUUGUAGCUCAAACAGCCACAAUUUGGUUGACAGUAUCGUUCACUGUUGAACGAUACAUUGCUGUAUGUCAUCCGCUUCGGGCUGCCAGCAUGUGCACGAUAGCCCGAGCUCGAAUAGUCAUCUUGGCUGUAUCUGUGUUCUCUUUCAUUUACAACGCGUCACGCUGGUUUGAAUACGAGAUAGUCUAUCAACUCGACCCAAACAACGAAACCUUGCAAGUCAUGGGAUCUAUGACAGAUAUGGGUCGAAGCAAGGUCUACCACAAGGUUUACUUUUUAUGUCUCUAUCUUCCAAUCAUGUGUUUUAUACCACUUACAUCACUUGCCGUCAUCAACAUUUUCCUAAUUCUGGCCGUAAAGCGAUCGCAACGACAGCGACGAGACAUGAACGUACGCCAGUCUCGCGAGAACAAUGUCACCUUGAUGCUGGUGUCAGUGGUCGUUGUGUUUAUGAUCUGCCAGGUGCCAGCCCUCAUCUAUAACAUGGCUUACGCCAUUGACACAAAGACCGUGGCUGAAAAGUACGCCUGGAGAAUUGUGUCGAUUCUCAGAAAUUAUCUGGUCACCUUGAACAGUGCCAUAAAUUUUAUGUUGUACUGCGCAUUUGGACAGAAAUUUCGACGCAUUUUUAUACGGACAUUCUGCCAAUGUUUGCUUUCCGAAGAGGACUUCAGUUCACUUACAUACCACGGUACAGUGAUCAAUCAACACUCGACUACAGGCAAAUAUUGUAAAAUGCAAAAAGGCAACAGGACGACACCUGACGUCAUCGACAUGACAUCAUCUACCACAGCUGCGCAUGCCAGCGUUCUUUCACGAUACUCGUCGCAUUCUUCGUUCGACGCCAACUCCUUGUUCCGCAAAAAUUUGCUCAACAAAUCUGGGAAUGAGCAUAGAGUCAAGACAGACGACAGAGAAGACAUCUUUUGCGAUAAAAAUGGAAUCGAUGAGAAAGAGAUUUUGAAAGACGAUAAAGCAGAGAUUAUCGACUCAGAUAAAAAUGACGAAUGA